AGAGUAAAUAGGCGUAAAAUACGCACACACACAGUCUCAUUAUCAUAAAGCUAUAUAACAGAUUGUCUUUGACAAAGCACACAUAUUUAUCUUGACAUUAUAAUAAAUUUUCAAACGUUCCACUGUUACGUUAGUAUCAUAUACAUACAUAUAGAUUACUGUAAUAGUAUUAUUUAAAGUAUUACUUUUAGAAUUGGUAUAUUCUUUACAAAAUGAAUUAUUUCCAUUGCUUUAUUCUUUUACUAAUACCUUUAGUUUUUUCUUAUCCUCGUUCUAAUUCCAAUGAUUUCAAUAAUUUUCUUGAAGCGUACUUAAAAGACCGAUCAGGAGAAUUGAAUGAAGAUAAUAAUGAAAAUUCGAAUGAAGAACCUUUUGUUCGUCGACAAAAAAUGUUUAAUCUUUUACCUAUACAACAAUAUCAACCACAAUUACAACCAACGUGUCUCCCACAUAUAUGGACAUGUGGACCAGGUUUACCACCAUGUUGUCCAGGUCUUAUGUGUUAUGAUGGCAAUGCAAAACGUGGCCGACAAUGUGUUACACGAGGAUAA